CCGCCGCCGCCGCCUUUGCAGGCUGAGUCAUCACUAGAGAGUGGGAAGGGCAGCAGCGGCAGAGAAUCCAAACCCCAAAGCUGAUAUCACAAAGUACCAUUUCUCCAAGUUGGGGGCUAGAGGGGAGCCAUCAUGAGCGAUGUUACCAUUGUGAAAGAAGGUUGGGUUCAGAAGAGGGGAGAAUAUAUAAAAAACUGGAGGCCAAGAUACUUCCUUUUGAAGACAGAUGGCUCAUUCAUAGGCUACAAAGAGAAACCUCAAGAUGUGGAUUUACCUUAUCCCCUCAACAACUUCUCCGUGGCAAAAUGCCAGUUAAUGAAAACAGAGCGACCAAAGCCAAACACAUUUAUCAUCAGAUGUCUCCAGUGGACCACUGUUAUAGAGAGAACAUUUCAUGUAGAUACUCCAGAGGAAAGGGAAGAAUGGACAGAAGCUAUUCAGGCUGUAGCAGACAGACUUCAGAGGCAAGAAGAGGAGAGAAUGAAUUGCAGUCCGACUUCACAAAUUGAUAAUAUAGGGGAGGAAGAGAUGGAUGCGUCUACAACCCAUCAUAAAAGAAAGACAAUGAAUGAUUUUGACUAUUUGAAACUACUAGGUAAAGGCACCUUUGGGAAAGUUAUUUUGGUUCGAGAGAAGGCGAGUGGCAAGUAUUAUGCUAUGAAGAUUCUGAAGAAAGAAGUUAUUAUUGCAAAGGAUGAAGUGGCACACACGCUCACAGAAAGCAGAGUAUUAAAGAACACGAGACAUCCCUUUUUAACAUCCUUGAAAUAUUCCUUCCAGACAAAAGACCGUUUGUGUUUUGUGAUGGAAUAUGUUAAUGGGGGCGAGCUGUUUUUCCAUUUGUCGAGAGAGCGGGUGUUCUCGGAGGACCGCACACGUUUCUAUGGUGCAGAAAUCGUCUCUGCCUUGGACUACCUGCAUUCCGGGAAGAUUGUGUACCGUGAUCUCAAGUUGGAGAAUUUGAUGCUGGAUAAAGAUGGCCACAUAAAAAUUACGGAUUUUGGACUUUGCAAAGAAGGGAUCACAGAUGCAGCCACCAUGAAGACGUUCUGUGGAACGCCCGAGUACCUGGCCCCAGAGGUGUUAGAAGAUAAUGACUAUGGCCGAGCCGUGGAUUGGUGGGGCCUGGGGGUCGUCAUGUACGAAAUGAUGUGUGGGAGGCUACCUUUCUACAACCAGGAUCACGAGAAACUUUUUGAACUAAUACUAAUGGAAGACAUUAAAUUUCCUCGAACACUCUCUUCAGAUGCAAAAUCGUUGCUAUCAGGGCUCUUGAUAAAGGAUCCAAAUAAACGCCUUGGUGGAGGACCAGAUGAUGCAAAAGAAAUUAUGAGACACAGUUUCUUCUCUGGAGUAAACUGGCAAGAUGUAUAUGAUAAAAAGCUUGUACCUCCUUUUAAGCCUCAAGUAACAUCUGAGACAGAUACCAGAUAUUUUGAUGAAGAAUUUACAGCUCAGACUAUUACAAUAACACCACCUGAAAAAUAUGACGAGGACGGCAUGGACGGCAUGGACAACGAGCGGCGGCCGCACUUCCCGCAGUUCUCCUACUCCGCCAGUGGGCGCGAAUAGUCUCACUCGCUGCUUCUCCGCCACCCAGACUUGUUCCCGAACACGGCUCCCGGACAGCAGACCAGCCCCGGCUCUCACGGACAGCAGGGCGCCUGCAGACAUCCCAGACCGACCCCAGGUCUUCACCCCGCCACCUCUCACACACCCGAGAACACACAUACACGCAGAUACACUCGACUUUUUGUUUUGCAUGAAAUUGUAUCUCAGUCUAAGGUCUCAUGCUGUUGCUGCUACUGUCUUACUAUUAUAGCAACUUUAAGAGGUGAUUUUACAAUCUUGGGAAGUCAUGAGCCCACCAUGGUUCAUCUGUGCACCAGUUUCUCAUCUUCUGAUCUUUCAGUUUCUGUUUUUCUCUAACAGUGAAGGAUAAAUGAGAUACACUGAUUCUAGGUACAUUUUUUAACUUUCUAGAAGAUAAAUCUAAAACUAAUUAGACUAAGAAGAUUUGGUUUAUAACUCAGAACAAGCAGUUGUGGAAGGGCGGGGAUGUGCGUAUGCAGAUUUCAGUGACGCGUCAGGUCCGUGCGCAGGGUGGGCCCGUCUCCCCCGGAUCUGGCUGGAGUUCACUAGGAAGCGUUUCCGAAGGACUGAACUGUUGAGGUGUGUAUCUAUCUCAAUAUAUGUGUGUAAAUUCCUGUUGGAUCCUGCAGAGGAAGCUGGUGUUACACUUGGACAUCUAGACCUCACGGGCAGUCGUGGGCAAAGGGACAUCGCCCUACGAGGAAGGAAGCAUAUGCACAGCUGAGUCAAGGUCAUUUCAAGGUCUGUGAUAGGAUCUGCACCAGAGAGCAUUUUUUUCCCUGUGCUUGGAAAUCUUUUUUUCCAUUAUAAUGUUUAUCGCCUCUGAUGGCUGAAGAAUGUAGACAGGUAUAAUGAUCUGCUUUUCACCAAAAUUUGUACACCAAGGUGAACAGGUGUUUGCCAUACUUGUUUUAAUUUUUCAUUUCAGUUCUACGUGAGUUAGCUUUUUCUCGGAUGUUAAAACGUUGAAUGUCCUUUUACGAUUUUGUUUAUAUUGCAGUAGUAUUUAUUUUUUAGUGAUGAGAAUUGUAUGUCAUGUCAGCAAAUGCAGCGCCAACUUACAUAAAAUAGACGCACUGCAGUUUAUUGUGACCCACGUGCAAGGAAUGUACACGCCGCCGAGAUUCAUGCACUUUUUCUCCUUUGUGAAAACAUUCUGAUGAGGCUCUGAAAUUGUACAUAGUGGUUAGAAUUUGGUUUUGGGAGAAGAUAUGCUGUCUUCUAACCCCUUGGUGCUAAAAUGAGAAAAUCCCUAAGUACCCAUGCCAAGGGGUUAAUGAAACACAUGGGUGUUGAUGUUUGCUCAUUUGAGAAUUGAGGUGUUCUGACGGCAACAUAAUGAAAUGAGGAAAAUUGAGACCUGAGGGAUGAUAAAUGAACCUACUUAGCAAAAUGAACACAUCUCAAGUAUUUAGUGCAAGAUGAGAACCUGGUGUGUUUAUUCUGAUUCUGGUACAUUUAUCACUGAAUUAAGCCAUCAGGGAAACAAAACGAAACAAAAAAAGAACACCUCCAACUUUUCUUUUUCUGUAUAUACUCAUGUCCCCAAGUUCCAACAUUUCUCACUGAAAGGGGACAUGUAUGCAGACCUCAUCUUUCUCCUUCACUGAUGACGAUCUUCAGAUUAAACCUUUGGUGCUAGGAGCUGACAUUUUCCAAAGCAGCCUGUGAAACCCAGGGGGCGGCUCCGCGGAGUGAUGUGGAGACGUACUUUAGGUAAAUAACCGACAGCUCCCAACGGAAGACCACGGUGUGACGUGGUGUCGUGGCCGCGUGGGACGGCAGAGCAAGUGACCUUGAGCAGGAUGAUCAUACCCAAUGCAGAUGUCUUAGCCUCUCGACGCGAUAGCGUGGACUUAGACAAAUCACUGCUGGCAGUGGCUGGGCCACUGGACUGCGGGGGCUACAGGGCAUUUUACUGAGGCAGCUAAGACACACUCAGACCUAGAUUUCACCCUAAUGUUUCCUAUUUCUGCCCGAGCGAAGUUCACCUUCAGAGGCGAGCAGGAAGGUGCAUAGGUGGUAGUUCACUCACUCACACAUUGCUCAGCUUGUUUUGUUCACUCGGAAGGACGUGGAGUGUUUCACAUUGACGAGAAUGUAGACGGAGGGUAUGUCUUGUCAGUUGUCUUGCAUCCAUUUGAUGAAGGAAACAGGUGAGAGGAGGAGAGAGCUGGACGGGCUGCUCCCGGCACGGGUUCCAGCGGGAGGUGUGACUCCAGACACUGAGCACAUCUGUAGCUUUCUUGUUUGUGUGUUUGCUUUCCAAACCUCAAGGUGAUUUCCAUGACCUUGGCCAAGGAUGCAUCCUGGAGACGGAUGGCAGCAGAGACAGUGCCCCAGGCUGGCCGCUCCUACAGCUGCGCUGAGUCCCCAGCCUGCGCUCGGGCGCCGCCUCUCACCCCCAGGGCUCCGGUAGAGUCACACCAGGUGUUUUCUUGGCUUCGGUUUCGGGACUCAUCCCGUCCUGUCCCAGGUGGCAGUCAGCUGGCGUGGAGGCUGACAGCAGUGCAUUGGAGGGGAUCCCUAAAACUCCCCGUGUCUGCCUGCAGCGGUAGUGCGGGUUCGGCAGGUGGAGAGGCCUGCACCCCGGGAUGGCCCGAUCAGCACGCAGGGCAGAGGGGGCGGACUCCGCUCCAGCUGCGCGCUGGCCUUGGCUGUCUUGAAGGCGCUUGGCCGUUUCUGCGUGGAGUGCUGGCAGGGUUGCUCACGGCUUUGCUUUCCUCACUAACUCCGUAGUGUUGUCCCGGUCCUCUCUUCCAUUGCCCUACCUGAUUUCCGGCUUCUUAAAGCUGACUGUUCUCGCGAGGGCCCCUUGCUCCUCCUCGGGGACACGAGUGGGCCUUCCUUCCUAGCUGCAGGUCUGCAUAUCACACCUCAGUGUACACACUUUGCUGCUACUGUUUGUACUGUCCCAGUAGACUCCUCAUCUGGCUCCUGGUAGUGCAUUACAGGCGAGCAUGGAAUGUAAAGUAUUUAUUUAAAUAAAAAGAAAACCUCUGAAUUGGUAAUUGAAUUACCUCCCUGUAGCUUUAUAGUUUCUUGACCUUGCUAGUUCUUUCAUUAGAUCCACACGAGAUCUAGUCAUCUGGUUAAGGAUUUUAAGCAGACGCAACUAUGAACCCAAGAAACUGUAUUACUAUUACUGUUGGUCAUACUAAAACUGUUUAUUUCCUCAAGUAUAUGACCCACAAGGAUGUGAAAUAACGACAGAAACUGUUUUUGUACACUGUACAUCCUUAGUAUUUUUACACGUAUCUGAUGGGGUGCCCGUUCCCUCCCUUCGUACAGACAGCUUAAAUAAAGCUCUGUGUCAAUCUGCUA